AGCUGACUCAUUCACACACAGGACGGCGCAGUAGAACGUUAUCGUAUUCCCUCAACACCCUAAUAUUUGUUCUGAUUUUCGUGCUUUGGGCGUGAUUUUUUACGAGAGUGUCUUUCGUUUCUGGCUGCUUGUAAAAUAAUUCAUAAAGGGGGAAAAAUGGAAUUACCACAUAUAGGGACUAACUGUGCUGAACCAACCUGUAGGCAACUGGAUUUCCUCCCAUUUACAUGCAAUAUGUGUAAAAAGGAAUUCUGUGUGGACCACCAUAAAUACGAAGACCACAGCUGUCCUGAGAGCUACAAGGCUGACGUUCGAAUUCCAGUAUGUCCCCUGUGCAACCAACCAGUCCCUAGCAAGAGGGGCGAAGCCCCUGAUCUUGCCGUCAAUGAUCACAUGGAAAAUAAUUGUAAAAAUAAAAACAAGAAGAUUUAUACCAACAAAUGCUCAGCAAAUGGUUGCAAAACGAAGGAGAUGGUUCCUGUUUCCUGUAAUGCCUGUGGCCUUAACUACUGCUUGCGGCACAGGCACACUACCGACCAUGACUGCAAGGGGCCUGCAACGUCACGAGAUAAAGCAGCUAAAGCCGCCAUGUCACGCAGCAGCACCAGUAGAGGGCAGAGCAAUGGCAGCGUCUCUCGUGGCCUCAGUAGCCUGGCAGACGCGAGCGCCCAAGGCAUCAGGAGGUACUUCUCCCCUUCCCCCCCAUCUGCCGGACCCAGGCCAACUGGGCACUCGCAGCAGCACCAAAGACAGCCAGUUCGAACGCCACCCAGCCUGUCGUCACUCCAGGGCGGAAUGUCAGAGGACGAAGCUUUAGCCCGUGCGAUGGCAGCCUCUGUGCAGGACGCCAGUAAGGCACCACGACCACAGCAGCAACAGCCAUCUCGAACUAGUCCCCAGGAAACUGAGGAUGAACAGUUGGCCCGAGCUAUUGCUGCUAGCUUAGAGGAAACUUCGGCGGCAUCACGGAACCAGCAGAGCAAUAACAACAGCAACUGUAAUGUUUGUUGAGGGAAUGCAGAACCUACCUCAGGAAUACACUUGGGUUUUAAAGUAUACAUGGUUUGUGUAAGUCAAAAGGAGAUGCUGUUGUAUGAAUUAAUGAGGAAUUUUUUUAUGGAUUGUGGUCAGUUGUUAAUUUUGACUCUGUUUACAUAUGUACACGUGCACGUGAGUGAAUGUGAGCAUGCAUUUUAUUACACGUUUGGUUUCACGUUGAGAACUCAUAGGCUGUAUUUUGGUUGUAUCAUUAAUACCAGUUUUCGGUGACUUAUAUUUGCAAAGAUUUUUGUUUGAUUUUAAUUAUGAUUUGUAUGUGUAAUCUAAUACCUGAUAUUAGUACAGAGUUACAAUUUAAGAACCUCUGAUACCUGAAGUUAGGGUUGUAAAUUUAAUACACAUUUUGUCAAAAUCAGAAAUUUCAGAAAUAAAAAGGGUUCAGAAAAUUUUAUUUCAGAAUUGCUGGAUUGAUUUUAUUGCUCACGAAUAGUAUAUUCUCCUUUCCAUUUGUUUUCUUUUUUUAUUAAAUAUGCUAUAAAUUUUCCUUUAUGAUAUAGUCAAAGAAGAUAUAUUAUAAAGCAUCGUCGAACCCCAAGUCGUGCUUAAUGUCACGAGGUAUGAUUGAAUAAUGAGAGGAUUACAUCACUCUCAGUCACUUGUGCUUAAUCAUGCAUACACUCAUUCACUCAUUCAGUCACUCACUCAUUCACUCAGUUUUACACUCAAGCCCUCACUGAGUCACGUAUGUACACUCAUAUGUUCUUACAUUCACUCUUUUCUCACCCACACAUAUAAUUUGAUUAUAAUGCUUUUGUUAUUUAACAAAAAUAUAAUUGAGGCACUCUUUUUCACCAACACGUAUGAUUUCAUUAUAAUACCUCUGUUAUAUAAGAAAAAUAACAUGAAUAUGAAGAAA